UUUGCUGCACGACGCGUGAACGGUCGCAAAGAUGUUAGUCGCCGCCGCCCCACCCCAGUUUCCUAAGGCGCGAGGCAUUGCAACUCAGGCAACUCAGGCGAGAGGCGUUGCAACUCAGGCAACUCAGGCGCGAGGCGUUGCAACUCAGGCGCGAGGCGUUGCAACUCAGGCAACUCAGGCGCGAGGCGUUGCAACUCAGGCAACUCAGGCGCGAGGCGUUGCAACUCAGGCAACUCAGGCGCGAGGCGUUGAAACGAAGUCGCCUGCACUACCCGAAGCUCAAACAGAGCUUCGAAAAUGCAGCAAAGGUUUGCCCCACCUUGUUCUGCUGUUGGUCGUUGCAUCUUUGGCUGCCAGUUCGCUGCCGUUGGCUGUGGCGAGCUCGCUCGCGCGACAAAGGAACAACUACUACCAUAUUACAGUUGGUAAUACCUCCGUUGAGAUGAGCUGCAGUGAACCUAUCAACUCCCUUAACUGCGCCUGCCCACAAGUCCUCGAAAUCUACAACAGUCAUCCGUUCAGCCUGAGAGCUGCAAGGAAUGUCGAUGUGUACAACGACCGCGACGCAGUGAUGCGCCACUGCUGCAACCACCGGCACUGCUGCGCGGCACAUCUUAAAGUUUUUUGUGACGGGUACCGAGUUGGUUGGUGCGACAGAACAAAUCGUCCACCCAUCACCUACAGUACUUGUUAAACAUAGGAAUAUCCUAUGCGUACCUACAUCAUCUACUGUACUUGUAACUCAUAGGAAUCUUAGUCGUCCACAUAUCACCUGCUGUACCUACUGAAAGUAGGAAUGCUAGUCAACCACUCCCCACCUACAGAACUUGCAGCUCCUAUGAGUUCUAGUCAUCCACCCAUCACCCCACAGUUCUUGCAGAACAUAAGGAUCUCGGUUCAAAAACUAUUCUCACACGACAAAUAGCAGAAAAGAAAUUCAUUCUGUUCUCUGAAGCGACAUCAACUCAACUGCUACUCAAAACCAUUUGAACGACUGCAUGUCAUAACCCCCACUGUGGGCAGAAAAUCGCUAAAUAAUUCUGCCUUCUCCGUGGAUAAAAACAGUAGUAAUUUCAAUCUAUUGUUAAUUACUCCCGUAUAAAGCUUCCAUCAAAAUUUCUCGAUAUUCCAUUACACUAUUGAUAUCCUGAAAGCAGAAACCAUCGUUAUUUAGACUCAUGAUUGAUCUCAAAAAUCUCAUUAAAAUAAAAUAUUUUAUUCUUUAGAAAAAACUAUUCUAGAAUAAGAAUAUGACUAAAAUACCUAGAGUAAGGGAGAUAUUUUCCAACUGCAGUUAUACAUUAAAGCGUAAAGCAGCCAAGUGCAGGUACAUCUCUUAAUUCGUGACCAUACAGAGCUGUUUACAUCUUGUCACCACUGUGGGGCCGGAUUUUAUCCAACCUUUCCUUAUUGUAUACACCGACUUUGAUAUUCUCUACGGCCUUCAUACUGGAACUCUGAAGAUUUUAUGCUAAAUGAUUUGAUACAGCUUUGAAAAAAUGGCUUCUAACUGACUAGCUCCUAACCUUUUCCUAAUUCACUUAAAAUGUACGAAUUUUUCUGUUCAAUGUAAGUUUGAAAAAUUUCCUAUGCAAAUUCUUCAAUAUUCUUCGAAAAUUUUUAGCCGCCAUUAAGUCGAAAGUUAAUUGUAAAAUAAUGUCCCGCUGAUCAGAAAUAAAAAGCUUGUGAUUAAA